UAUCACAAAAUAUAACUUCAAAAAAUACACGGUAUAAUUUAAAUAAAAUUUGGCAACAUCGUUGACAGAUGACUUCUGUUACCACCUCUACCAAACGUAGGAAUCCGUCAAUUUAUUUUCCUUAGUAAAUCCGAAAUCUGUAGCAUGUUCUGAAAGCAGAGACAACCCUGAAAGUUUUGACUAGUGAUGUUGAUCAUCGGCCCUUAGUGCAUGUUUUGAUAAUGUCCACUUCACUGUGUUCGUGCUGUUUACGCUUCAAAUUCAGCCCAGAAGAAAUUGAACAGCGGCAUAAGAGUCAAGAAAUUGAUAAAAUGUUGGAAAAAGACAAGCAAACACUUAAGAGACAGGUGAAGCUACUUUUGCUAGGAGCUGGAGAGAGUGGAAAAUCCACAUUUCUCAAACAAAUGAGGAUUAUUCAUGGGAUGAAGUUCGACCAUGAAUAUCUCAAGGAGUUCCAACAGGUCAUAUACGAAAAUGUUGUCCGAGGGAUGCAAAGUUUAGUGGAUGCCAGGGCUAAAUUAGACAUUCCUUGGGGGGACCCUACGAACUCUAGUGCUGGAAAAGAGUUACUUCUUUUCAACAAAGUAUUGCAUUUAGAUGCGAAACUUUUUCUUAGUUACACUCCGUCUAUAGCAAAAUUGUGGUCUGACAGUGGUAUACGAAGAGCUUUUGAUCGAAGAAGAGAGUUCCAAAUUAGUGAUUCUGUGGAAUAUUUCUUGAAUAAUCUGGAACGAUUGGCAAAACCAGAUUAUAUACCAACACAUGCAGACAUACUGCACAGUCGAAAAGCUACAAAGGGAAUUACCGAAUUUGUAAUUCCAAUAAAUAAUAUACCUUUUCUCUUUGUGGAUGUUGGGGGCCAAAGAAGUCAAAGAAGAAAAUGGGCGUCCUGUUUCGAUUCAGUGACGUCAAUAUUGUUUUUGGUAUCUUCUUCAGAGUUUGAUCAGGUUCUGUAUGAAGAUCACAAGACAAAUAGAUUGGAGGAUUCCAGGCUAGUGUUUGAGACAUUCAUAAACAAUAACUUUUUUGCUAAAGUGUCUUUCAUAUUAUUCCUCAACAAAUAUGACCUAUUAGCCAAAAAGGUAGCCAACCCUGAAACUGAUAUUCGCUGGUAUUUUCCCUACUUCAAAGGAAACUCUCAUUCGCUGCAAGAUGUGCAGGCCUUCAUUCUGACGAUGUUUACUGGAGUCAAGAAUGACCCGAAAAAGGCCAUUUACCACCACUUCACUACAGCUGUAGACACAGAAAAUAUUAAGGUUGUGUUCAACUCUGUGAAAGAUACAAUUCUUCACAGAAAUCUCAACAUCUUAAUGCUUGAGUGAAUAGAUAUUUUGAUUGGAGGUUAGAGAAAAGAUGAAAGGCUGUGCGAACAUUAAUUUAGUUUCAUGUUUUUGAAAAAGACUGACAAUGUUUAUCAAUAAUAUUCAGGACUUGUUCCUUGGUCAAAACAAGUUUUUAAAGGCCACUUUCGUUCAAUAAUUAUAGAACAUUCAACAUCUGAAAUCAGAAAACAUGCAUUUUUAAAUAAUUGUCCAUAAUUAUUGCAUUUUAUAACCUGAAAUUUCUGUCAAAUUUUAGUCUUUAACACACAAAUCAAUGAAAUACUUUGUCUUUUCUUUGAAAACAUGUCAAGGCAGCAUUUUAUGAAAAAUCAUUGAAUUUUUUUGUGAUAUUUAUUGAUACAAUUUUUGUUGUCAUGAUUGAUUUUGGCGCAAAAUAUUUGACUAUUAAGUAAUUAUUGAUAAUUGCAGAUAUAUUAUUAACUUAUUGAAAAUAUACAAUAGAACUGAGGAAAACCAAAAAGCACAUAUUUAAUUUUAAUACAGCCAAAUAGGUGCUAUCAUAGUAUUUAUUGAUUAUUAUUGGUCCCCAAACUAUAGAAUUUUGCAAUUGUUGCAAAGAAAAAAUUAAUUAUGUGAAUUUCAUAGGAUAUCCAAUUGAAUAAAUAAUAAUUUUGGUUUCAUAUUUAUUCCAAAUUAUUUAUCAAAGAUUUUUCAAUCAGCAAAAACCAAAGCAAUUAAGAGACUAACACUAGAUUCAACAGAUUUUAUCAUGAAAAUCCCAAAAGCUGAAUUAAAUGCUCAAGCCAUUUGAGCAAAUGGUUUGAUAGUGUAAAACAGCUUUAAGAGUAGAAUUAUAUAUAAAUAUUUAAUUGAAAAAGUGUUCAAUAUGUAAAUAAUCUUAUGAACAAUGUAUAUUGUAAUGUAAAGUCUAUUGAGAAAUAUCUUAAGUCUAUAAAGAAAAUGUAUUUUGAUAUUUUUGAUGUCUUUAUUGUGAUUUUAUAUAUUUUUCCAUACUUGUAUUAAUAUGUAUAUAUGUUUUUAAAUCCAAACUUUCUAUGAAUUUUUAAAAGAAAACCUGUUGUUCACAUCUAUAUCUUCCAUAUUUAAAAUGUAUUCAAAUUUUAGAGGAACUAUUUUCAUUGAGGGAUGUUCUGCAUUUCAUGUUAUAGAUGUUGGGUUUGUUAUCUGUACCAGAUUCUACUCCCAAUUUCCUUCAAUAGAAUUCCAAAUAUUAUAGUAGUUCAUUAUAAUGCAUAUAACAUAAUGGUGAAAUGUUUUUUGUUUUAUAUCAGUGAACCAGAAAUUAUUUAAUAGAACAAAAUUCCCGACAUAGAAGCCUUCAUCAAAUGAUAUUGAUGUUAUUUAAGUGCCUUUAAAAAAAUCGAAGAUAUACACAAUUGAAGAAUUAAUCAAAAAGGAUAAUUUUAUAUGUAAAUAUUUUUGUAAGUAUGAUUGUUACAAAUAAAUAGAUAUUUGAAUAA